CAUAAGUCGUUAGCGGUCGCUCGCUUUUCUAGUUCUGCGAGACGCUUUUUCUUUGUGGCAAAUCAGCCCUGGGCCAGCACCGUUAUACUUUUUAGCGAUUUUAAUGGAGUUCCUCAGAAGACCCACGGCUUUCUUAAAGGGAAUACAAUUCUGAUUCUGCUGUCUGUAAAACCGAAGUCCGGCUUGAAGAAUGGUUCUUCUCGAAAAUCAUUUCACUUCAGAGAAGCUUUGAGCGUGCGACAAGGGGGUGAAGCGAAGACGCGAGCAGAUAUAUAAUCGGAAGUUUCUAUGACCUUUUGAAUGAAAUAUUAUCUACUGCUAUUAGAAAUAAACAUUUCGAGGGAGUACGAUGACCUCAAGCAGAGACAUGAAGGCAGGAUCAGUGUUGCAAUCUAGCAGCGAGGAGAGGAGAAGAGGUGCUUUGGAUCAACUUCCACCGCCAGCUAACUCCAACAAACCCCUCACUCCGUUUAGCAUUGAGGAUAUUUUGAACAAACCGUCCAUAAAGAAGUCGGCUGCCAGUCUCUGUCCGCCGAGAGUUUUAGAGAAAGUGACCGGAUCGAGUGCCACCAGAAACGGUAUUAACACUCCGUCUUCCCCGCUGUGUGCUCUGGAAGAGUUAGCAAGCAAAACUUUCAAAGGUCUGGAAGUCAGCGUUAUCCAAGCCGCCGAAGGUCGUGAGCAUCUGAACGCGUUCGGCCAACGUCAGGCCUCAAAAAAGAGGAGAAAGUCUCGCACGGCUUUCACGAACCAUCAGAUCUAUGAACUGGAGAAGCGAUUCUUGUACCAGAAAUACUUGUCCCCCGCGGACAGAGACCAGAUUGCACAACAGCUGGGUCUGACCAACGCUCAGGUCAUCACCUGGUUCCAGAACAGGCGGGCGAAACUCAAGAGAGACUUGGAGGAGAUGAAAGCAGACGUUGAGUCGCUGAAGAAAAUCCCACCGCAGGCUCUCCAGAAGCUGGUUAGCAUGGAGGACGCUGAUGACCCCCAAGGCGGCUCUGGAGCCGUAUCCCCCAGCAUAUCACCGUCCUCGCAAGGGCACGGGGUCUUUCCGCAGUCGCCUUUCUCAUCCAGAGACCAAACCACCGACGAGUUUUCAGAGGAAGAUGAAGAAAUUGAAGUGGACGAUUGAAAGUAGGCCUGUGUUAUAAUAGGGGACACUUUCCAAAUACUGCACGGACAGGGACUACUUUGGGAAUUAAUGUUCAAAUGAAGGACGUUUUGGUUGAAGUUUUAUUUAUAUAAAGGACUGUAAAAAAAAAGACAUAAUGAGAUGCUUCUGUAUUAAGCUUCGGCAAAUACCGUGGGGAAUUAUGAUGAAAAUUACUUUUCUAAAGUACCAAAUUACUUUGAUUCAUGGUACAAGAUUUCAGAAGUGUGUAUGUACGUUUUGUGUUUCUUUUACUAUGUUCAUAGGGAAACACUUGCAAAUUUGCCUCUUUUGAUAAACCAUAAAUCACACUCAUUUUUUAUAGCUGCUAAGAAAUCAUCUCUUCAAAAUUGGUGUUUUUUUCCCUCAGAUGUGUGCAUAUAAAGGGUGCAUAUUUUAGGAGAAGAGUAUGUUAUUGCCUUUAAAUACGUAGCUGAAACAGUGGGUUGUUCAUGCAGAAAUAAUUUGUGGGAAUUUUAAUUGACCUUAAAAAUAAGAGACCCGUAGGUUUUUUUUCCUGCCCAUCUCACUUUAGUCUUUAAAACUAACCAGACUUCAGACGUGGACCUGCAAACAAUCACCUAAUCUAUAGGUAUGUUCUGUAUAUAAUUUAAAUAAAACGUUUAAUGGAACCUCUUA